AUGAGCUCGUUCUCCAACGUGGGUUUUGUGCCUCACGAUGGAGAAAAUGAAGAAGACGCGAUAAAUUUGGCGCCCAAGAGCAGCGAAUCGUUUCCGGCGGAAGAUUCAAUUUUUGCCGAUGGAUCGCCACGUCAUCGGACUCUUUUUGACUCAAAAAAACGAUUCAAAUUGCGUCCGCCACUUCUCGCAUCGACUCCUCGUGUGAUUUGCCGCUUCCAACAAGCAAGCAGCGGCAGCAGUGCUCCAUAUUUCACCCGUGAGCCGACGUUUCAGCCAAUUCAAGAGUUUAUCGAGAUGUCCGAACAUUUUCACGAUAUUACCGAAAACUCGCAAGGAUAUCGGUUUCUUAACACGAAGGAGCCUUUUUCUCGCCACCAUUCGGCGCUUCACCAUCCACGGCUAAGUUUCGACGUUCUUCCGAAAGUAAUCGACUUUUCACGACGUUGGAUUGGAAGAGCCCGUGAUACUUUGUACAGAUUAAGCGUCGCCUAUUCCGGUCAAGAAGAGCUAGGAAUCGAGAGAGCACGCGACGAGUUAGACGAUCGGCGUGAGCAUAUUAAUUUGUCGGAGAUAUUCGGAGGUUCACAUAGUCAGGAGAAUUCGUGUAGUUCUGGAGGAGUUUUCAAUCUAAACUUUGACAAAUCCAUCGAAGAUCGUCAAUUGAGCUUUGAGAACAUUGAUCUUGACUCAACUUCACCACAAUCCACCAACGACGUAAUCUGGCUCCGCGACAUGACGACGGUUUCCACAAUAUCUGAGCCAAUUCUCCAUCCAAGCUCGAAAAUCUCUUUCACAUCAUCGUCUCCAUCACCACAGAGAAAUCCGAAAAAUGAAGCACAAAAGAACUCCUCGUCGAAACGAGAAGAAACUUCAAUGUUUCGAUCGGAUCCGAUGAAGCUUUAUCAGAUGAUUCUUGUCAAAGAAGCCGCAUUCGAAUGUGUUGCUGAAAUUGGGAAACACGGAAAUGUGCAAUUUGUUGAUCUUAACGCAAAAAUGUCGCUCUACUCGCGUACAUUUGUCAAACAAAUGCGACGAUGUGAAGAAAUGGAACGAAAAUUGCGUUUUCUCGAGAAACAAGUCAUCACAUGCAAACCAGGUCUUGAUCCGAAAUCAAUUGACUAUACAGAUCUAUCAGCUCCGACACAAGCUGAAAUGAUUCAAUUGGAGCAUAAGCUUGAUCAGCUGGAACGAGAAUUUCUCGAUUUGAACAACAAUGAUUAUGCUCUACGCAAGAAUUUGAAUUCUUCAAAAGAAUUUCUUCAAGUUAUGCGACUCGUCGAUGAGUUCUUUCAAGUGCACAAAGAGGAAGAGGCGAAAGCGAGAUUUGAACGAUCAGCCACAACUGAUGAUAUUGAAAUGUUCUCGAAAUCAUUCGGAUUCGGCGGACUUCCCAGUAGCAAUGAAAUGCCAUUGACACCAUUACUUGGAUCCGAUGAUAAUGCAUGGUUUGUCGCCGGAGUUCUACCACUCGACAAGAAAGAAUCAUUUGAACGGGUUCUCUGGAGAGCAUGCCGCCGUACAGCCUUUGUUCGAACAUCAGAUGCAUCAUUUACAGUCAAUGAUCCGGUUACUUUGGAACCACUUCAAAAAUGCGUGUUUAUCGUAUUUUUCAAAGGAGAAUCACUUCGCCUCAUUGUGGAAAAAGUUUGCGACGGAUUUAACGCUACUCAAUAUCCAUGUCCAAAAUCUUCGAAAGAUCGUAAAAUGAAAAUGUCAGAGACUGAAGGGCGAAUGAAUGAUUUGACAGUAGUAAUUGAUACAACACAGACUCAUCGGUAUACGAUUCUCAAAGAUAUGUCAUUUGAAAUUCCGAUUUGGCUCAAAAAUAUUCAAAUUCAAAAGUCUGUGUUUGCAGUGAUGAAUAUGUUUACGGUUGAUACAAAUGGUUUCUUGGCUGGAGAAUGUUGGAUUCCAGCUGCAGAAGAGGAUGAUGUACGACAGGCACUGCACGAUGGAUUUAAAGCCAGUGGAACAGAAGUUGAGCCAAUUCUCAAUGAGCUUUGGACGAAUGCUCCGCCGCCGACAUUCCACAGAACGAACAAAUUCACGAAUGUAUUUCAAAGUAUUGUUGAUUCAUAUGGUGUCAGUCAAUAUUGUGAAGUUAAUCCAGCUCCCUAUACGAUAAUCACAUUUCCAUUCUUGUUUGCUGUUAUGUUUGGUGAUGCUGCUCACGGAGCAAUUCUACUACUCGCUGCACUCUUCUUUAUCCGAAAUGAACGAAAAAUUGAAUCCAAGAAGAUUCGUGAUGAGAUUUUCAAUACAUUCUACGGCGGUCGUUACAUUAUGAUGCUAAUGGGAAUAUUCUCAAUUUAUACAGGAUUUCUGUACAACGACGCGUUUGCCAAAUCAUUUAAUGUAUUUGGAAGUGGUUGGAGCAAUUCUUACAAUGAAACUCAGUUGGAUUGGUGGAUAGCUCGAUCGUAUCGAAAACAUCGUGAAUAUUCGUUGGAAUUGGUUCCGGAAAAAUCGUUUGAUAUUGAGAAAACGUAUCCAUUCGGAGUUGAUCCAAUCUGGAAUAUUGCUGAUAAUCGUCUCUCUUUCCUUAAUUCAAUGAAAAUGAAAGCAUCAGUAAUUAUAGGAAUUACUCAAAUGACAUUUGGUGUUUUUCUGUCGGUUUUGAAUCAUAUUCACUUCAAAUCCUACAUCGACAUAAUCUCGAAUUUCAUUCCCCAAGUGAUCUUCCUCUCGUGUAUAUUCAUUUAUCUGUGCAUUCAAAUCAUUGUGAAAUGGAUUUUCUUCAGUGUAAAUGCCGAAAACGUAUUUGGUUUCGAGUAUCCAGGUUCCCAUUGUGCACCAUCACUGCUCAUUGGUCUCAUCAAUAUGUUCAUGUUCAAAAAAAGAAAUGAAGGAUAUUUGAAUGAAAAUGGAGAAGUUUACUCGAAUUGUCAUCUUGGCUAUUGGUAUCCAAAUCAGCGACUCGUCGAAACAAUUCUCAUUUCAAUUUCACUUGCAUGUAUUCCUAUUAUGCUUUUUGGCAAACCACUUUGGGUUCGAUUCGUCACUUCGAAACGCCACAAGCUUCAGGAAAAUAAGAGUUUGAAAAGUUUGCGAAGGAAUGGAACUACCGUCAGUGCUCCAACGAGCCCGGUUGUCGAUGCAGGACCACCGAGAUUUGAAGACGCAGAACUAUUACUAGCUGAUGAACUCGACAUUGGAGAAGACAUUCAUCAUUCACUAUCUGACAUUUUUGUGCAUCAAGCAAUUCACACAAUUGAGUUCGUACUUGGAUGUGUAUCUCAUACGGCUUCAUAUCUUCGUCUUUGGGCAUUAUCGUUGGCUCAUGCACAGCUCUCGGAAGUAAUGUGGCAUAUGGUACUCAUUCAGGGAAUUCAUACAGUCGAUCAUAUUGAAAAUGAGACUAUUGCGAUGUGUUUGAAGCCGGUUGUUGCUUGUGUUGCAUUCUUCAUAUUCGCAUCGCUUUCCCUCUCAAUUCUGAUAAUGAUGGAAGGUCUAUCUGCAUUCUUGCAUGCUCUACGUCUUCAUUGGGUCGAAUUCCAAUCAAAAUUCUAUCUGGGAACAGGACACCCAUUCCAUGCAUUUUAUUUGAAAGAAAGUCUCGAAAAUGCUCAACUAAUUACUGAAGAAACCGAUCGACUUGCUGACAUUUCCAGUGGUCAACACCUACAUAUUUAGAUAGUAGUACUAAUUUCUUUUUUCCAAAAAAAAACAACUCACCAAAUUCUUAAUUUUUUAUUGCCAAAUGCCUUUGCCUGAUCUGUGAUUUUAAAUGAUUCUAGGAACUUUUAAAAGUAUUUUUUAAAUUUACCUCAGUUUUUCUUUGAGGAUUCUGAAAUAUGUUGAUUGUUGUAUUAUAUGAUAUUGCCCUUUAUUGAAUGAAAUGUUUGUAGAUUCU